GUCGGGGGCCGGCGCCUCUGCCUCUCCCAGCUGCCUACGUCCUGGCUUCGCAGUCGCCGGCGCUCCAGGCGCCGAAGCGUUCACGCCCUUUGUAGGGUGCCUUUGCGCUGCACAGCGAAUUUAAUUUGCUGUGUAGUUCUUUUACAGUACUUUUAAGUUAAUUAACUCCAGAACUAUUUGUUGAGCUCCUGUGAGGUGGCAGGGUCUGUCUCGGGGACUGAGCACACUGCAGCUUGAAAAAAAAAAAAAAAAAAGACAAAUCCCCGAAAUCACGCCCUUGUGGGGCGUACACGUGCUUCUCGCGUGACCCUGAAGUUCACUUUUGGGACCUGGCUCCCACUGAGCGCUGAACUCAUGAAAGCAGGGCCCACUCUGACAGAAGUUAAAAAUGUGAGGUACAUGCUUGCUGUGCGGCUGCGGAAACUGUAACCUGGGGCUCUGCGGUGAAUGCGCUGAAGGCCUUGGGGCUGGAGAGUGACGAGCCCCAGGCACACGGGUGCAGAAAGGCGCUGACCGCCAGCCUGCAAAGCCCCGCAAAAGGCGCUUCCUGUUCCCUUUAUUCCCCCUUCACCUGAGCCGGGACUCGCGUGAUGCCGUGCUAGGUUCCUGAGAUCCGAAGAACUCCGGAGAGGUAGAAAAACUCCUGACACGAAGGAGAAGUCCUGAGUUAGAGGUGACACCUGAGAGGAAAAGGAAGUGGGAUUCACCCUUGUGGGCUGCUGUAGAGAGAAAAUGCUUUGUGGUUUAAUCAAAAUGAUACCCACAUGGUCUCAAAUGAAGGCCCAGCUCUGCGGUUUUCUUUUCUUAUUUGAGGCAGCGUAUUGAUCUGUCACCCAGGCUGGAGUGCAGUGGCCCAAUCAGGGUUCACUGCAGCCUCAGCCCCUCCUGGUCUCAACUGGUCCAUCUCCCUCAGCCUCCGAGUAGCUGGGACUACAGACAGAGUCUCGCUCUGUCGCCAGGCUGGAGUGCAGUGGCGUGAUCUCAGCUCACUGCAACCUCCAACUCCCUGGUUCAAGCAAUUCUCCUGCCUCAGCCUCCUGUGUAGCCGCGAUUACAGGAUAUUUCUACCCAACUCUCAGACAUUUUGGACAAAGUCAAUUGUGUCAUCAACCGCUUCCAGGAAGAAUUAGGAUAUGAUUUAAAAGAAAAUGCCAAAUCUCAGCAGACAGAUCCAAAGGGCAAGAAGAGAUUCAUCUUGCUGGAAAAAAUUGCCUCCUUCUCCAAAGAUGCUAAGACGAAGGAGAAGCACCUGUAUGAUAUUCUCUGCUGGCUGGGUGACUGGGGUGACACUCUGACCCAUGAGAUCGGGCCCAGGAAGAGUGAAGAGGAAGAAGCAGCUCUGGACGAAUGGAUUGAAGUGACGGAGAAAGUGUUACCGCUCUCCCUCAUUGCCACCAAAAGAGGCAUGGAGUCACUCACUGCCCUUUGCUCCACUCUCAUUGAAGGACAAAAGAAAAGGUCACAAGUGUCCAAACGCACCUUCUGGCAGGGCUGGCAGGGAAGAAGCCCACAGACAUCUCCAUCCCACCCUCAGCCACUGGGCCCAGAACAGAUGCUCCAGGACCAGCAUACCAUGAACACGAAGGCCUCGGAGGUGACGUCCAUGCUGCAGGAGCUCCUGGACUCUACCAUGUUCAGCAAGGGGGAGGUCAGGGCCAUCAGGUACAUGGCUACUGUGGUGGAGAACCUCAACAAGGCCUUGAUCCUCCAACACAAGGAGAACAGGAGCCUGGAGACCAAAUACAGACACCUGCAAAUGCAGGCAACCAAAGAGCUCAGCAGCCAGAGGCUGCACUUCCAGCAGUUUGUGGAGGUCCUUGAGAGCAGGAGGGAUGCUCUGCUGAAGCAGGUAGAGAUCUUAGGGGGAAGGUACCAUGACCUUCUCCUGACGAAGCAGGCCUUGGAGUUCCAGCUGAAGAAGGCUCAGACUGCUACGGGUCAGGCAGAAGACCCAGCUGAGGUUUCUGUUGACUCCCCGGGUCCCUCUGACAGAGAGACCCUCCCAAGGAAAGAAACAGUCACGGAGGAAAGCCAACAGGAACAGAUGAAGGAGGAGCAGUUGUUCUCGCCACUUCCCCCAAGUCCCAUGGCCACGAUGCGGGACAGUGGUGCUAUAGCUGCAGGGCACCAGCCACUUUCCACCAUGACUGUGCACUCGAGGGUCGCAGAUGUGUUCAGCAGCAAGGACACUGAGAGCCUUGAGCCUGUGCUUUUACCCUUAGUAGAUCGCAGGUUUCCUAAGAAAUGGGAAAGACCGGUGGCAGAAAGCUCAGGCCACAAAGACAAAGACCAGGAGGACUACUUCCAGGAGAAGGGAGGACUCCAAAUUAAGUUCCAAUGUAGCAAGCAGCUGUCUCUGGAGAGCUCCAGGCAGGUGACCUCUGAGAGCCAAGAGGAGCCCUGGGAGGAGGAAUUUGGCUGGGAGACGCGGAGGCAGCUGUGGCUGGAGGAGGAGGAGAUGUGGCAGCAGCGGCAGAAGAAGUGGGCCCUGCUGGAGCAGGAGCACCAGGAGAAGCUGCGGCAGUGGAAGCUGGAAGACCUGGCCAGGGAGCAGCAGCGGAGAUGGGUCCAGCUAGAAAAGGAGCAGGAGAGCCCAGGGAGAGAGCCGGAGCAGCUAGGGGAGGAUGUGGAGAGCAGGAUCUUCACACCCACCAGUCGACGGAGGGACUUGGAGAAGGCAGAGCUAUCAUUAGUGCCUGCCCCAAGCCAGACCCAAUCUGCUCACCAAAGCAGGAGGCCACACUUGCCCAUGUCUCCUAGUACCCAGCAGCCUGCCCUGGGAAAGCAGAGACCUAUGAGUUCAGUGGAGUUUACCUACAGACCACGGACCCACCGAGUUCCCACAAAGCCCAAGAAAUCUGCCUCCUUUCCUGUCACUGGGACAUCCAUCCAAAGGCUGACCCGGCCCUCUUUGCAGAUAUCCCCUGCAACUCUUAAGGAGAAGGUGUACCACAUGGACAUGGAGGCCCAGAGGAAGAACCUGCAGCUCCUGAGUGAGGAGUCUGAGUUGAGGCUGCCCCACUACCUGCGCAGCAAAGCGCUGGAGCUCACCACCACCACCAUGGAGCUGGGCGCGCUCAGGCUGCAGUACCUGUGCCAUAAGUACAUCUUCUAUAGAUGCCUCCAGAGCCUCCGGCAAGAAGCAAUCAACCACGUACAAAUCGUGAAAGAAACGAAGCCUUCCUACAAGGCCCAGAACCUCUACAUCUUCCUGGAAAACAUUGACCGCCUGCAGAGUCUCAGGCUGCAGGCCUGGACGGACAAGCAGAAGGGCCUGGAGGAGAAGCGCCGAGAGUGCCUGAGCAGCAUGGUGACCAUGUUCCCCAAGCUCCAGCUGGAGUGGAACAUUCACCUGAACAUCCCUGAUGUCACCUCACCAAAGCCAAAGAAAUGCAAGUUGCCUGCAGCCUCACCCCGGCACAUCCGCCCCAGUGGCCCCACCUACAAGCAGCCCUUUCAGUCUAGGCACUGGGAAUGUGUGCCCCUGCAGAUGGCCCGCCAACAGGGAAAGCAGAUGGAGGCUGUCUGGAAGACCGAGGUGGCCUCCUCCAGUUACGCAAUAGAAAAAAAGACCCCUGCCAGCCUUCCCUGGGACCAGCUGAGGGGACACCCAGAUAUUCCCCGGCUGUUGACACUGGACGUGUAGUCCUCCUACCACAAAAGCCUGAACUUCCUGAAGGCCCAGUAAGGUGCGAGGCUGAUGGUCAAUGUGGAUUCUCCCCAAUAAAUCUCUCUCCAGGCUUUAACAA